AUGGUAAACUACUACAGCCAAAUGGAGAGAUCGAGGCAUGCGUCGCACGCAGACGAGGACUUGCACGAUUCUGCUGCCUUCAACGUCACGGGCUCUUCAUACCUUCCCGUGGCAGAGGCAGACGCAACCAUGACUAUGGACCCAUUUGAGGGAGAAGAGGAUGGUCGUCUUGAAGAAACAAAAAGCCAACGGAUGAGCUGGAGUGAUCGGCGAUUGCGCAAGAGUAAACGAUCCACUCGAGGCGACAUGCGUGGAGCUGGCUUUCUUAUAGCGCUGCUCGCGUUGUCGACCUAUGUCCUCAGACAGUUGUGGGCACCCAAGCUUUCAUUUAUGACUAAAGAGCGCGCGCCUGUGGACAUGCAACUCAUCUCGGUUGAAGCCGCUCAAGAGGCGGUCCUGGCGGCCCUGUCGGAGACUGAAGCCCUGAUGAGGAAUGACUUUUUCCAGCAGUAUCUGAACACCGGCGAUGGAAUAACCCGAGCGGCACUGCUGACAGAACUGAAGGAUAUCGAAGCGUUUGCAUUUGCGUCAGAUAUGCCCCAGGAGCUGUACGCACUGGCGUUGGAGCAGAUGAACGCUCUGAAGUCAGAAUUCGUGUGGCGAGCAGCCCGCGCGGAGUAUGUUCGCAUGAAGCGUAUAGUUGGUUCCAGUGCUGGCAGAAGCCCGGCUUCAGCGUAUAAGGAGUGGUUCCUCGAGACAGCGAAGACGAUGGAAGAGAACGCUGCUCGCGAAGUCGCUGCGGUCGAGCGAAUGGUGGCGUUAGACACUUUUGUGGAUAUUCGUCGGUGGACAGAUGCGGCGAAAGAGGCCCGUGAUGUGCAGAGGUGGGCUGCCACACUUCGGUCGCAGUGA